AUGGGCUGCGAAUCCCGUCAGGCAGCACUGAGGGCUGCAGUAGACGUGCGCGGAUACCCGCAGCCACACCGCACUCCCCGCAGCUUCGCCGCUCCGCUCGGUAAGUCUCCACUACCACCGGCGCAGCAGCAGUGCUGACAGUACACGCCGGGCUGCCUUAAAGGAACCGCGCAAUCACAGCUGGGACCUUAAAGUUAAUGGACAGCAGCGACUGUGCACUCUCCCCGUACACCCCAAAGGUGUAAUCAUGAAAAUAGACUGUACAGGCCUGUCCCUUUCCUUCAUUCUCUCAGCACUGAUGCUGCUCGACAGAAGAAGCCACACAGAAGCCAGUUUGGAGAGUUGCAAAAUGGUUGGAACAGUAGCACUCUGCCAAGGAGAGAGCCUGGAUCGUGUGCCGGUGAAUCUGUCCAUCAGAACGGAAGUACUCUUUCUUAAUGAAAAUGUCAUCAGAGCAAUUAGUAACGAAUCACUUUCUGUGUACAAACGCCUGCACAUGCUGAACUUGAGUGGAAAUCAGAUUGAGGUUAUUGAGCCUGGUGCCUUCGGCUACAACAAGAACCUGGAAGAUUUAAAUCUAAAGAAAAAUCGUAUUGAUCUAACUUAUUCAAAGACUCACUUGGCACUAAGGACUCUGUCAGCUCUAAAAAGUUUGGAUUUAUCUGAGAACAGACUAAAUGAAGAUAUGACAAGUUAUAUCGUGCAGAAUUUGACCACUCUAGAAUAUUUAUCCUUGGCCAGAAAUGUCAUCAUGAGGUUGGAGCCUGGCAACCUUGAAGGUCUUGUCCAUCUUCGAGAACUGAACUUGGAAUACAAUUAUAUCUAUGAAAUUGAAAGCGGGACAUUUGAAGGUUUGCAAAGAUUAACCAAGUUGAACCUCGCUCAUAAUCAUAUUCCUUGCAUUGUGGAUUUCAGUUUGUCUCAAGUAAAAACAUUAAAUGUCAGUCACAAUGCUAUUGAACUGUUUUUAACCAGAGAAAAUGAGAUUGAAUUUCAGUUAGAAACAUUAGAUCUGUCUCAUAAUAAACUACUGUUUUUCCCACUUUUACCAAAAUGCAAUAAACUUAAGUCACUGUUGCUUGCAGACAACGAAAUGAGUUUUUAUGAUGAUCUGAUGAAUGACUCAUCUACUGAAGUCCAAUUCAUCCAAAUUGUUGGAAAUGUAACCAACAUUACCACUGUGAAUCUUUGGGAUGAGAUGGUUUCUGUAAGCUUGCCAGACUUGGAGGUUCUGGAUAUGAACAGGAAUUCAUUUCGAUAUCUUCCCCAGGGAUUCCUGCAGGGAAUGAGAACAUUAUCUUCUCUACAGCUCAGCCAGAACUGCUUGAAGACAUUCUCUCUAACGGAGGAUGACCCUCUUUUCUUUCUUCAGUUGCUGGAUCUCAGUCAAAACCGAUUAUCAAGUCUAAAUUUCAGUGUUAACAGGCUGGAGAAGUUGAAUUACUUUAACAUCAGUUUCAACAAGUUGGAAUCAGUGCUACCUGAUCUGUUUACUAAGAUGCCACAGCUUACAACACUGGACCUCAGUCACAACAGUAUCUCUGUUUGUCCCUAUCCUUUGAAGAAUGAGAAGACUUUAAACGGGGAUUGCGUUGGGCUGGCAAAUAUUAAGUCAUUGAAACGCCUCUAUCUUGCCGGUUGUGCACUCGUCACAGUACCAGACAGUGCCUUUGUUGGCUCACCAUUAACACAUCUAGAUCUAUCAUCCAACACUGGGAUCAGAUUGCAGGCAAGUUCUUUUCAAGAUGUGUCCAAAUCAUUGAAAUUCCUAUUCCUCAGGAACAAUGGGUUAAAUUCCAACCAGUUAGAUAUCAGCCUACGAGUGGCUUUCGGGCACUUAAGUCACUUGGACAUAUCUGGAAAUGGUUUAACAAAUCUUCAUCCUGCAUUGAAAAGCCUUCCCCUGAAAUGGUUGGACUUGCGUAAUAACCACUUGCCUACUCUUCAGCAAGAUGUACUGAAGAGUCUUCUGCACAGCCUUGAGAGUGUACUCCUGAGUAAUAAUACUUUUGACUGUUGCCAGCUGAACUGGUGGGCCACCUUGAUCAACACCAAGUCACUAAUUAUUCUUGAUAGAUCCAAAAUCACUUGCAAUAACUCUAUCAGACUGGAUGACCCAGGCCAAAUUUCCCAUUUCACUAAAAUUCACUGCCGAAUUGAUAACACUGUUUUAAAAUAUUUUCUGCUGUUGCUGCCAAUGGUUGUGUUCAUUCUAACUGUAACUGUGAUGGUUUUCCUCUCUUUAAAUUCCAAGGUAUUGCCUAAAUAUGUGAAAGCCAAAUGCAAAAUGGGAACUGAGUAUUAGAAUUCUCUUCAGUCAGCACUUGUUGACUCCUGGUUCUUGAAACACACUGGUGGCUGGUGUGGCUCCUACCUCUAAGCGGCAAUGUUUACAAGGCUGGGUGUACGGCAAACUGUCUCACAUCCAGGCACUAAUAAUGAAGACAGCCAGCUGCUCUCUAUCAGUAUACUGGCUGAGCUCUCGGAGAUACCCGAUGGGAGCUUGCUGUGAAUAAUGCAUGCACUACCGACAGAAACUGGAUGUAUGUGAUGAACUUGCACAAAAUCUUUGCAUAAUAUUUAUAAUAGUUAUUCAGAUAUGUGUUUUACUCUACAGGAUAGGUAAAUGUAAAAAAAAAAGCAUUAUACACAAUGAAUAUUUUUGCAAAAUAAGAAUGAAAUUUCAAAGCAAAAGAUACAUUGAACUUGGAGUGGUAUUUUAUAAUCAGAGUUGUACAGUGUACAGAUUGGUCCCUCGGCCCAUCACCAUUACACCCAUCUCUGGGCCGUAGACUUCUGUGCCUUGGUGAAUCAAAUCUUGUCUGGUUGCUUAAGUGAUGUGAGAAUGCCAGCCUCCUUCACAUUCUUCAAGGCUCAAGAUUCAAGAUUGUGUAUUGUCAUUCUUCAGUAAAAGAGUGUAAAAAAAGAAUGAUGUGAUUGUUACUCUGGAUCCAAUAUAGUAUAAAAAACACAAUAAGCAUAAAGAACACAAUCAAAAAUCAAAAUACCCUCAAUAAAUAUAAAUAUCA